AUGGCUGACGAUGAUUCUUCUGAAUUGUCGUCGCUUUCAUCGCUGUCGCCCCCGCCAAGCGAUUCGGAGUCCGACAUCCAAUUGGAGGAGCGCCACGGCAUCCUGAAAUUCUUCCACAAAGUCGACCGGAACCCGAACCUUGAGACGCCCAAGGAAAAGACACCUCCCAGACCCAAGAGAGAGCCCUCCCCGCCGCAUGAAUAUGUGUUUGCCGACAAUCCCGACAUUGCUUUCAUCGUCAUGUUCCGCGCCCGGUUCACCGAGGCGUUCCCCAAGAGUCUUGCAAAUUUUGGUCCUCACGAGCUCGAGCGUGAUGUCAGCGAACCGAUCCCCGGCGAGCGCGUCGAGCAUUUCCUUUGCGCGUUGCUUAGCCUGCUUUUGAACCGCAAGCAGGAUGUGAAGCCUGGUCAUUACAACCGUGCGCUCGAGGAAGCCAUACAGACUCACAAGGGCCAAUGGGCCAAGGAUUGGGAGAGCAAGAACCCGCUUGCAGGCGGGGCUACUUUCACGACGAUGACGCGAGAUCAACGUCUUACCCUGCUGCGUACUCUUGUGCAGUGGACGCUUUCAUCGUCAGAUACGAUCCGGCAAAUGAUCAAUAAGGCGUAUCGUAACCGCCACGAAGACGAUCUGAAUAUUCCCCUGAGUGUGCAGCCGUGGGGCAGCGAUGGUGACAAGCGCCGUUAUUACCUGAUCGAGGGUAACGACGAUACCUCAUUCCGUGUUUACCGGGAGAGCAACCCAGCUGGUUUGCAGAGAACCUGGUGGAGCGUUGCCGGGAGCAUUGAUGAGCUCAAGGCUCUCGCUGAGAAGCUGGAGACACAGGAUGGUGGCCCGAAGGCCAAGGCGCUGGCCAAAAAGAUUCAGGCCGCUAUCCCGCGAUUCGAGGCCACGGAAGAAAAGAGGCGCCGCAGAGAGUACCGCCAGAUGCGCAAGGAGCAGUUCAGACGCCCCGAAGGCUUCUCGCUGUACGAGGGCCGCACGCGUGGCAAGCGCAUCAAGUACACUUUCUCCGAUGACGAGAACGACUUCUUUUCCGAUGAGCCUGUUCUGCGCCGGUCCUCCCGCAACACUAGAAACCAUACUCCUGCCCCUAGCGGUCCGAUCACGACGGCCAGCGGUAGACAAGUUAAACCGCCGAACCGGCUGAAUGCAGAGACAGCCAGCACUGGCGCCCCGAGCGCUGCGACCAGCUUCCAAGGCGACACCUCUGACGCGGGCGCCCCGAGAACAACUCGCUCCGGUCGGCCCCUGAGGUCUGCCGCCGCCAAACUGAAUGGUUUUGCGGGCGGCAGGAAGAGAAAGAGCUCUGAGUUCGAGUCCGACGAGUCGGAGGGCAGCGAACCCGACUUCGGCGACGACGAAGAGGAGGACGAGCACGUGCCGGACGAAACGGAGGAGUAUGACGAGGACGAGGAGUUCGAGGACGCCGAGCUCUCGGAGGACGAUCUUGAGACUACGGCCAUCGGUCGUUCUACCACUGACGCAGGCAGGAAGAAGAGCUUGAUAAUCAAGUUCCCAAUUCGAGUUGAGUUUGAUGAGAACCACAAGGUGCGCCAAAUCCCUGGACCGCCUGGUGAGAAGAGGCCGAGCGACGAGGAGAAGACCGAGACGGCGCCGGUGCAGCCAAAUCCUGCAAAGGAGACGAUCUCGGUUGCCACGACGAAGUGUAUGACGCCUGUUGAGGCUGAUAAGCCCAUGAUCGAAAAGGUUCAGGCUAUUUCCGGUGCGAACAAUGUCUGUGACAAGACCGUUCCUGAGCCGGAAGAUAAGCCUUUGACAGAUGCCCCUGUUGGGCUGCAGUCCCCUCCGACCCCAACCAGUGAGCCGGCGACCUCGUUGGCCCUGAGGGGCAGUCCAGAGGUUACUCGAACCGGUCCUCCCCCUACUUCUACAGCAGCACUUGCUUCUGAGGAUGUGAGCAUGCAGGAGUGA